CGUCGACAACGCACCGCAACACCCACGACGAUGUUUGAGCCGUGACAAUUAACAAGAUUCCUUAUUGCUGUCAAGGAUGACCGUCAACCGCAAUACUGCUAUCAAGGCAGUUCCCCCAGCUUUCCUAGGAUUGAGCUUGAUCACCGUGCUCCUACGAUGCUAUGUCCGCAUACGAAUUAACAAGGCGUUUGGGUGGGAUGAUAGCCUGAUGGUCAUUGCCUUUGUAUUCUAUGCCAUGUUCUGCGGGUGUAUGGUUGCGGGUGGCGUAUAUGGGACUGGCAUGCACUUUGAUGAGUUAACCACAACUCAUCGGGUCAGGGCUAUGAUGUUCUGGUGGCUUUGCGAGAUCGGGUACUGUGCAUCCUCGAUUCUCUGCAAAUGUUCCAUCUGCAUCUUCCUUGCUCGCAUUACCGUCAAGCGGGUACACCUUGCCUUCAUUUACAUUAUCAUGACUCUCACCGUGCUCAUGGGCCUCGUGUUGAUGUUCGGGCUAUUGUUUCAAUGUCGGCCAGUGACCUAUUUCUGGACGCGAGUGGCAUUUGAUCCCACGAUUAAGGGGACCUGUGUCACCACCGAGGUGGUGGAAGCCUUGACCUACGCUUACAGUGCGGUGGCAGCCGCAUGCGACUUGGCGGUAGGAAUUGUUCCUUUCUUUAUUGUUUGGGGGCUGAAUAUGCCCUUUCGGCGCAAGGUGGCUGCGGUGGGUAUCUGCAGUAUCGGCUGCAUUGCAUGCUCCGCAGUCAUCGUUCGCUUCCCGUUUGUUCGUACUUUUGCCGACGUGGAUUUCCUGUACAAAACCUACGAAAUCGCCAUCUGGUCGAAUGUAGAGGUCGGAUUGGGGAUCUUUGCCGGCAGCCUAGCGACCUUGCAUCCUUUGCUUCGGCACGUUCGCACCAGCUGGGCACAAGGGCGACUCAAGAGACUCACUUCGCGAGAUACAGCAGAGCAAGCAGCGCCACCAGUGGACUUUGUUUCGGUCUCGGAUUAUCCGUCACCCUCGGCAUCGAUCUUCCGGCCGGGCAAUGUCAUGAAUAUCACCACCACGGUUCAACGUGACGAUUUGGGGCUGGCCGAGGGAAGCCAGAUGUCCACCCGGGGGAGCUGUGAUACCGAUAUGCGGGUGAAUGAUAUUCUGGUGCAGCAGACUUUUCAGAUUAGCACUGGGCGACCAUCGAGGAAUUGGGAUCCUUGGAUUAACACGGAUGGUGGGGAAGAUAACAAUGUUUAAGGUCCAGCUUUCCUCAUCGAUGGCUCGUCCGAUAUCCUCAUAGAUAGUUUGAGCGAUAUUCUAGCGUGGAAUGGUUGGAGUUACGCCUACGUGGUUGAAUUAUCUAAUGAGAGGCGGUAAUAUAUAUAAUACGAAGGGCGUCCUCUCG